CUCUCGUGCGGAGAACGCGAGAACUCGCGUACUUGAGAAUUGAGAAAGGGCCAUGGUUUGCAGGUCCGCCUCACCGUGUGAGCUAAGCAGCUAUGCUUCAAAUAAAAAAUCGUAUGAGGUACAGCUCGCUGGGCAUCACUGCAGCGCGCCUGUUUUCUCCCGGCCCCGUCGAGAACCCGGUAGUAUUUUUGGACAUCGACGCUGACAGCGAUCCUCUGGGGAGAAUAAUCAUUGAGCUGAAUGCAGAUGUGGUGCCAAAGACUGCAGAAAACUUCAGGGCUCUGUGCACCGGGGAGCAUGGCUUUGGAUACAAGGGAUCUGUGUUUCACAGGGUCAUCCCCGAGUUCAUGUGUCAGGGAGGAGAUUUUACCAACCACAACGGUACAGGAGGGAAAUCUAUUUAUGGGAAAACGUUUAAAGAUGAAAACUUCAAGUUAAAGCACACUGGUCCAGGAACGCUUUCAAUGGCAAAUUCAGGCCCGAACAGCAACGGCUCGCAGUUCUUCAUCUGCACAACGAAAACCGAGUGGCUUGAUGGUAAACACGUGGUGUUCGGGCAGGUGAAGGAUGGGAUGGAUGUGGUCUCCAAGAUGGAAUCCUUUGGUUUACACGACGGCGGUGUGAUCAAAAAAAUUGUCAUCACAGACUGCGGGGAGAUCAAAUGACGCCCGAGCGCACUCACAGACUUUUGCUGGAUGAGUCAUUGUGCAGCAAUCUAGUAUUUACUCUGUCCUGGCUCGUGUGUUCGUGCACUCUGAAGGCGGGGCUGUCGCAGGUGAUCAGCUUUUACUCAAAUUUGUGCUUUUUAACUUCUGGUUUUGAGGUUGAGCAAAGCCAGAGGUUUCUAACGCUCAGACAGACCUUUUUACUCUCUAAAAUCUUUACUCAACUGAUCUAAAUUGUAUGCAAGCAUGUAAAACAAUUGUGUGGUGACUCAUUCUCCAAUAACUGCCAAAUACAUGACUGAUAUUUUUCGACUUUACCAGCUCUGGUCUUACUGCAAGACAUUUGCUCUGAUGUGCCACAAAUCUUGCUGCUUUUAAAGCUUCCCGGAAACGAUCCAGCGUGCUUUUUUUAGACACGGGCUCCAGCGCGACUGACUUCCUGUCCAUCAAGAGCAGGAUGUGACAUCAUGUGACAUUCCACCUACACUGCAGCUGAAGCAUCACAUGUAUGCACGAUGGGCAUGUGAGCUAGAGCCUCUUAGGGUGAAGUCGUUUCAGGACCUGAAAUUGCUUUUUUAUUGAGACGCAGGGCGUCUUGAAGAGGGCGAGAGACAUGUCUGAAAGCCAGAGACUGGGUGGUGCUGCUUAUCGAGCUAAUACUUUAUAAAAGUAAAUAAUGAAGAAGAAAAA